AAUGUGAAUGAAAAUUUAACAUGAAAGUAAACUGUUAGGUAAAACUAAAAUAUUAAAACAUAUCAACCGAUAGGCUCGUCAAACAUAUCAACCGGCAUUUAUCAUAAAGCAGACUACAUUAGUUUUUCUAGGCAAGACCAAAAGGUGACAUUUAUUGUUGAUCAGCCUUGGUUGAUCAGUUUCAUUUUGUUUUAGUCGCACACAAGUCGCACAGCUGCAGCCUGCAGAGAGCAAUCUGUUGAAAUAUUUUGGUUUGGAUUUUGACUUGUCGGCCUUGGACUUGUCGGACUUGUCAUCGUUGCGAGCAAGUUGCGACCUGAGUUCGUACGGUUACGAUCAUUUCAAUUUCGGUGUUUAUCUACGAAUCGAGGUUCAGGUGGACCGGCAGAAUGCCUCUGCCGGGCUCGCCGGCUCUGGUGCUGGGGCUGGUACUGGUCGGGGCUGCGCUGGUGGCCGGACAGCUGAGCUUCCCUCAGGGGGCUUCGGCCGAACAGAAACAGGCCAGAGACCGCUGUUUUUGUCAGCUUGAGGGUCAAGUGGAUGACUGCGAAUGUAACGUGGACACAGUCGACUUCUUCAAUAACGUCAAGAUCUUUCCGAGACUGCAGUCUCUACUCGUCAAGGACUUUUUCCGCUUUUACAAGGUGAACCUGAAGCGGCCCUGUCCGUUCUGGGAGGACGACGGACGCUGCUCUCAGACCACCUGCCGCGUCAAAUGCUGCAAUGAGGACGAGCUACCGAUCGGCCUCAAAGCUGGAGCGCCUGUGGAGCCUAAGGAAGAUCCAGCCUAUAAGUACACUGAGGAGGCGCAGACGGAGAAGGACGACGAGGCGGACUGCGAUGGGGACAGCCUGGGGGACCUCAACACCACCAUCAGCGCCUCUCGUCAGAAGCGGCUCGAUCGCUGGACCGCCCAUGACGACGCGCAGGACAACUUCUGUGACGUGGACGACGAAUCGUCGGCGGACAUGCAGUUCGUGGACCUGCUGCUCAACCCGGAGCGCUUCACCGGCUACCGCGGCGACUCGUCCACGCGCGUCUGGUCGGCAAUCUACAACGAGAACUGCUUCAAACCGAAGAGCGCUAGCAGCACCCAGAAUAAAUACGCGCCCAUGGUGGACACCACGAACCUAGGAGCCGAUCCGUUGCUGAGUGGUCUCUGUCUCGAGGAGCGGGUGUUCUAUCGUGCCAUCUCCGGUCUACACACCAGUAUCACGGUCCACCUGUGCGCCGACUACCUCCUGUCGGAGGGCUGCCGCGGCCUGGACCGUCUGGCUCCCGGCACUGCCAAGUGGGGCCCAAACCCCGCCGAGUUUCACCGCCGCUUCGACCCGGAGACCACCUACGGCCAGGGUCCGAGCCGGCUGAAGAACCUCUACUUCUUGUACCUGCUGGAGCUGCGCGCGCUGGCCAAGGCGGCGCCGUACCUCUCGCAGCUGGAGUACUUUACGGGGAAUGAGGAGGAGGAUCAGGAGGUCCGCAUGGCCAUCAGGGAUAUCCUGGCCGUCAUCAGCUCGUUCCCGAGCCACUUCAACGAGUCGGAGCUGUUCCGCGGCGGGAAGCAGGCGCGCAAACUGAAGAUCGAGUUCCGCGAUCACUUCCGCAACAUCUCCCGCAUCAUGGAUUGCGUCGGCUGCGAGAAAUGCAAACUCUGGGGCACCCUGCAGACGCGUGGUCUCGGCACGGCGCUCAAGAUCCUGUUCUCUGGCAACUUCGAUGACCCGGCGGUGUUCCAAGAGGGCUCCACGCGCCGACCCAAGUUCCAGCUCUCCAGAAACGAGAUCGUAGCGCUCUUCAACGCAUUCGGCAGACUGUCGACAAGUGUACGGAAUCUGGAGCAGUUCAGAACGGGCGAAACCUGACCGGCGCAUAGGAUGGUGCCGUGACGGUGAGCGUGACGACUUCACCGGUCGUGACGGUUACGAGACGCGUCCUGGGGCUCACGGUUCGGCGUCUGAGGUUCUUGGAUCACCAAAAUUAUCAGCCUUGAACCGGAGGGCUGCCAGCCACGGAGUAGUGAUCACUAACGUUAUUUAAGCGGUAUGUUACUUCUGUUAGGAAGGAGAUUGCUCCCCUGAGAGACUGGAAGUUGUAAGUGCGAGUCGAGUCACUUGCGCGCCUCCCCGCCCCUGGUUUGAUAUAUCGCGCUCGAACUGGAACAGAGAGAGGAAGCGGCAGGUUGAGAAGUGUGAGCGCCAGUUUGAACAGAGUACGCACAGGAUGGGACCAGGCAGACGGGGAACGUUCCAGCUGGUGAAUAGCGAAACCCGUGUUUCAGGGAUGCAGGGGACAUGGUGCGGGCCGCAGGGACAUGGUUGUUAGCAGUCAGCUACGGGUUAUAUGAAAGAUUUAGCCACCGUUGCUUUUCCGGCUGUCUGAUACUUUAUGACGUAGUAAGAAAAUCGGUCACCGAUUUGCUUAGCUGCCGUGUUGUUUGUUUUUCGUAUGUUUAGUUGGGAUUUGUUGCGACUUUAACUCACCACAUUGGUUAAUUGUUAGUGACCAUUAAUUCGAUGCUGGUAAGUGGUAGGUGCGCAUGCAGAACAUUUGAGCAUUACGCGAGAUGCAUUCACGUCUAUAAUAUGGUGUCCCCUGCCUGGUUUUUGGCUAAUUGUCCGUGAGCGUUAAACGUUAUAGAUGUGUUGUUUUCUUCUAUCGAGUUGUUAAUGUUAUUCAAACUUCACGCUCAUACCGAAUCGUGUACUGCAUAAUUGUGGUUAAUCAGGCAAGUAUUCGGCCGUUUCCUUUAUCAGGUGAUGGUUCCUAUAAUGUGACGUUAUGCCAGCACUGACCGGUCUUUCAGACAUAUCACGUGCCCUUCUAUCGCCGGUCUGCCGUCAAAGUAACCAGCGUGUGAUUACUUACUGCACUCUCUCACUGUGUGCGAGUCCAUGCAUUGGCACGAGGCGCCUACUGGCACUGUCUAAACGCGUCCUUUCGGCGGGUGGACGUGAGCAGACUUGGCUACCGUCCGCUGUCGGGUCCAUUUAAGGGUCAGUGGAUGCCGAGAUGUCAACUCUGGGCAUUGUGGCGGUAUAUGUCGAUAUGUGAGCGAGGAUCGCCCACUUUCCGAGGUGCGCGCGGCUGGAUGGGGAAGUUGAGGUUAUUUGGUCGGUCGACAGAGGUCACUAGUACUACUGUCUGAUCGGUUUCUUCGAGUGGAUGCAGCUGGACAGUGCCUGUCGCCUGUCUGCCUUUGGUUUGUGGGUCGAUCUCGAUGUGUUGACCAAGUGAUGAGGAAAGGUUAGUUGAGCGUUGUGACCGAAUUCUAUUUAUUUAAAAUGUCUUGUCUGUAAGGCAGUAAAUACAUGCAAUGCUUCGCAACUGUGCAUA